AUGGAGGUACUCGGCGCUGUCGCCAGUGGCAUCGCCGUCGUGCAGGCUCUGGAAGCCGUCCGUAAGACAGUCAGCCUGAUACGCGAGAUUCCUGAGAUACAAGGCGAUUUCGAUGGCCUUAUAAAAGAGUUGAACUUGACCGAGGCCAUGGCCAAGGUCGCUCAGCAGAUCCCGUCCAACUCGCCAAUGCAGGACUUUUUGGCCAAGGCAACCGAGCAGGUCAACGAGGUGACGACUGAGCUGAACAAGGUCCUUGAGAGCUGUGCUCGCGGGACCGACGAGGCCGACAAGAAGCUAUGGAAGGCGAAGAAGAGAAAGUGGCUUCUGGAGGAGCAGAGGAUUCUUAAGCUCGAACGCAAGUUGCAGAACGCAAAGGGCACUCUGCAUCUCGCAAUGACGUCGCAUGGGAUAUCCAGUGAAGCCGAAUUCCGAGCUCGGUUCCAGAUGUUUAUGGACCUUUUCAUGCUUGAGUCGACAACUAAAGCAUUGGGGGUUCAGGCUGAACUGCCAGGACCUCAACCAGCUGAGGAGCUACCACCAUCCUAUGCCCUAACAUCAGAGCCAGAGGAACUCGACGACGAUCGUGUGGAGGACCUCGACAGCGAUUCAGACUAUCUCGGAGAAAAGUCCAUCGGUCUAGUACCCACUCAUGCCCGAGGAAUUGUCCAUCCUCCAGGAUCCAAAGAAGACGAAUAUUCAACGCCAUGGACAUACAACAACUCAGUACAGUUAAGAUCCGCCAUGCCAGCUCGAAGAAUGACUUAUACACACACAUGCCAGUGUCGAUGUCACUUUAAGGAAAGCAGUUAUCAGAGCGCACCUUGGACGCGGUCCUUGGUAGGCUCGUGGCUUCUCCGUAGCAACGACUCGAAGCAGUGCACGAACCCGAACUGCUGUCGACAGAAACGCUCGCCGCGCCUCCAGUUCCAGUAUCAGGUUCCCACAUGGUUCUUCUCCGGGGCUCUGAGCUUUCAGGCAGCUUAUAGCCAGUUCUCAGGGCUCAACUGGUCGUUGCGGCCGCUAACCUUGAUUGAGUUUACUCACGAUAUCUGGGGUGAUCUUAGGGCUGGUAUUCAUAUCACCCAAAAGACUUUAACCAAGGCACCUUUUUACCCGAAUGACCAUGAUGUUUCUGGUGAAGGGCUUAUGGAGUAUGCAAUCCGCCGUCGACUUUACAAUGGCGUUGAGGCUCUCCUUUGUCAAUGGGCAAGUGUCUUGCCAGAGUCUGGACUUCCCAGGAAUGUUUUAUACGAGGCAAAUGCCGCUCUUCAGCAUCAGUUCCUCACUGACCACGAGAUUUACAUCCUCAACAAGGUCAAGUCUUUCGUCAAAGAUCAGCCCGAGACGACAACCACCCAGGUUCAUACUGCCGUCCGCCAGGGAUGGGGCCUGAAACAGGCCCUCGAGGAAGAGCCUUGGGCCAUCGACACCUUUGACAGCACCGGCUCCACCCCCCUUCACUUGGCAGCCCGGAUGAACCGCACUAGAGAUGCUGAAAUGCUUGUCAACGCGGGCGCCGAUGUUGACAUCAAGGCUUACCACGGCCGGACGGCCCUCAUGUUUGCUGCCAACUGUGGUGAUGUUGACACGGUCAAGGUCAUCCUCAAAGCCGGCUGCAACCCGAACAUAACUGAAAACGACGGUGCUGCAGCCCUCCACUUUGCUGUACGUCGCCACUAUCCCGAGAUGGUGGCACAACUCCUGGCUGCUGGUGCCGAUGCCAUGGGGUGUGAUGAGCGAAACAGCACACCGCUUCACCACCUGGCUCAGGGGUCAGCUUGCACUUUUGACGACCUCGCAAAGGUCAUUGAUAUGCUUCUCUUGGCCAAGGCCGACAUCGAGUUCCCUGAUGACCUGGGCUUUACUCCGCUGCUCGAUGCCCUCAUGUAUGAUCAAGUGUCAGGCCUGAGGUGUCUGAUCAAUGCAGGUGCUUCCCUGUCCGUCAUUGACUAUGAUUCACGAAACAUUCUACAUUUUGCCGCAGAAUUCUCCUCCCUGCCGGCCUUGGAACUUCUUAACGAGCUGGACCUCCCAAAUCUCAACCCCUACCGCGGUAACGAGGGUGGCUACACUCCUUGGGACUGCUUUGUCUGGAUCAGCCAUGCCCCGUACUGGCUAGACAUUGGGUCGAAGCGUCUCCCGAGUUAUGAGGAGCAGAGCUCAUUCAUGAGGCUCUAUGGGGGUAUUCGAGAUCGAAACCUGCGUGAUGACAUUGAGACCCUUGAGAAAGUGUCGGGCUUUCUCAAGGCACGAGACGGCCCCAUGGCGCGAGUGCGUCUGGUGCCCCUGAUCAAGAAGGAGGAAGAGUGGGAGCGCGAGAACUAUGUUGCUUGGGCUAAGGCUGUUGAUAAGAGGAUACAGCACGAGGAGUGGCAGCUCGCUAUGGAUGAUGUCGAGGACUAUCUCGAGGAUCUGAGGGAAGAGCUGGCCACCCCUGUGUGGAAGACACCGUCAAAGUAUGGUUAUCUGUAUGACGAUGAGGUAGUGUCGAGCGAGGAAGAAGAGGAAGACGAGGAGAAGGAUGACGCUGUGGAAGCCGACAGCUCAGACGAUGACAAGUCAACUGCUGGUGAGGAGCAAGCUUCUGAUGCAGAGUCCGACGUUGAGGAGAUUCCAAGGCUGAUGGAUGGGAUAUCCAUCUCGAUGCGGUAA